AUGGACAUCGAAUUUUAGAUCAAAGAAAAUAAGAUUGCUAUACUUAUAAUAGGAAUGGCAGGAACAGGCAAAACUACAUUUGUUUAGGUUAGAAAUCAACCAUAAAUGUUAGCAAUUAAGCAAACAAUUAUAAAAUGAAAAGCCUACAUUAAUUAAUCUUGAUCCUGCUGUUUAUUCAUUACCUUAUGAACCUGAAGAAGAUAUUCGCAAAUCAAUUAACUAUAAAGAGUUAAUGACUAAGUAUAAAUCUUUUUGUAUAAAUUUAGGAAUAAACUUGGUCCUAAUGGUGCAAUCAUGACAGCGCUUAAUCUUUACUCGCUUCAAUUAAACUAAUUAAUUGAAAAAAUUGAAAAAUCUGAUUCCAAUAUAUAAAUUAUUGACACUCCAGGCUAAAUUGAAGUAUUCACUUGGUCAGCAUCUGGAAAUUUAAUUUCUUAAACAUUUUCUAUGUCUAUGCCUACUGUGUUAUUUUAUGUGAUAGAUAUUGCUAGAUGUUAAAAUCCUAAUAGUUUUAUGAGCAAUUUACUGUUUAGUUGUAGUAUCUUCUACAAAUUUAAAUUACCUAUGGUUAUAGUCUUUAAUAAAUGUGAUGUGGCUGAUUCUAAAAAGCCUUUAGAAUGGCUUAGAGAUUAUGAUUCAUUUACUCAGGCUUUAAAAAAUAAAGACAACUAUUUAUCCACUUUGAGUAAAUAAAUGGUAUUGACUUUGGAAGAGUUUUAUAAUAACUUUACAGUUCUAGAGGUUUCAUCAUUAACUGGAUAAGGAUUUGAAAAUAUCAAUGAAAUAAUUACAAACGCCAAAAAAGAAUAUAUGAAUGUUACUCUUGUUGAUAUAUAAUAGAAAAUGAAUAAUUAGAAAUAAAAGAACUAUGAUAAACAAAUCAAUUAGAUAACAUAAAAAAUUUAGAAUUUGUGA